AUGCAAUCUCUACGACGUUCUUUCCUCGCCUCAUUCCAAACUCAAAUAAGACCAUCGACAACCCAAAUCGCUGCUCAGCGCAUCGUCAGACUCGCUUCUCAGUUAUCAACCGCCAAGAUGCCUCCCGUGCCACCAAACAUGAAAGCCGUCCAGAUCAACAAGAACGGCGGCGUGGAUGUCCUUGAGCAUAACAACAUCCCCGUUCCUAAAGCUGGAGAGGGCCAGAUUCUUGUGCGAAAUGAGAUUGCUGGUUUGAAUUAUAUCGAUACGUAUUUCCGCUCUGGUCUUUACAAGGCGCCUCAAUUUCCUCUUACGCUGGGCCGUGAAGCUGGUGGAAUGAUCGUCGAUGUUCACUCCUCUGUCAAGGGCUUCGAGAAUGGAACUCGAGUUGUCUUUAUGGGUACUGUUGGCGCGUACGCUGAGUACAGCGUCGUCAACGCUUCGGAUGCAGUUAAGAUCCCUGAUGAUGUGUCCACCGAACAAGCCGUAGCUGCUUAUCUGCAAGGUCUUACAGCUUGGACGUUUAUCCGAGAAGCUGGACAGGUUCAGGCUGGUCAAUGGGUUCUUGUUCACGCGGCGUCUGGUGGUGUAGGUACCUUGUUGGUCCAGCUUCUGCGAACUGUGGGCGCAAAGGUCAUUGGAACCGCUAGCACGGAUGAGAAGCUUGAGUUGGCCAAGAAGAAUGGUGCUGAGUGGGUUAUCAACUCUCAUGACGAUGUUGUUGCCAAGGUUAAGGAGAUUACUGGAGGACACGGCGUGGAUGUUAUCUUUGAUGGUGUUGGAAGGGUUACCUUCGAUGGUGAUCUUGAGAUGAUCGCCCUCAAGGGAAGCCUCAUCUCCUUCGGCAAUGCUUCUGGCGCCGUGGACCCUGUUAGCCUCUUCCGCCUCACUCCCAAGAACGUCCGCCUCAUGCGCCCUGUAGUCAACGGCUACGUUUCCCAGCGCGCUGAUCUCGAAAAGUACACCUCAGAACUCUUCGACCUCAUCAAGUCCAAGAAGCUCGAGCUCACCAUCCACAGCGUGUACCCUCUCAAGGACGUGGCCAAGGCCCACGAGGACAUCGAGAGUCGAAAGACGAUUGGAAAGCUUCUCAUUAAAAUCGAUUAA